AUGUAUGAAUCUCAGGUUACCUUAGUCAUGGACACCAUCUGUCCUUGGACAUACAUAGGAAAGAAGAGACUUGAUGAGGCUCUAACUCAGUUUCGCUCCUCGCCCUCCUCAUCCUCCAUCUCUUUCAGCCUCCAGUUCUCGCCUUACCAGCCAAACCCCAACCGCCCCGAGACCAUCCCAGACCGCGCUGCAUACGCCUUGCAGGAAAAACACAACGGCAACAAAGAAGCUCAGAAGCUCUUUGAGGGGCACAUGCUUUCGCUCGCGCAGCCACUGAAUGCUCCCAUUGCCUUUGAAGGGCCAACUGGCAACUCAUUCCCAGCACAUCGCGUUAUUCAACAGGUCCAGGAAGUCCACGGCGGCGAGGCAGCAAACAAGCUUGUCGAUGCGGUUUUCAAACUGUACUUUGCCGAGGGGAAGCAUCCUGGUGCUGACGAUAUGCUCAUUGAAGCAUGCCUUGAGGCUGGGUUGGAUGAGAAGCAGGCAAAGAGUUUGGUUGAGGACAGAAAGGAAGGUGAGAGAGAAACCAAGGAGAUGAUUAGGAGUGUGGGAAUGGAUAUCGAUGCAGUGCCUACAGUUAUCAUCGAGGGACGGAGGAGGGACUUGACUCUCACAGGACUGAAAGAAGUGUCGGAGUACGUCAAGGCCAUGGAGCAAAUCACCAAGGAGAGUACAUAA